GGGGAGGGGCGGGGGUCUCGAGGCAGGUGUCUCCCCCCCCCUUCCUCGGCUCGUCCCUCGGGGUCUCCCGCCCCGAGGUGCACGGGCGAAGGGCGCAUUCCCGGGACCCUAGGUCCCCCGCGGGGUGCGUCCGCGCAGCGCCACCCCUACCUCUGCGACCCUUGAGGGGCUGGGGUGGGGAACGACCAUCCGGACCGGAGCCCCCUCCCCAAGCUGCCAAAGUGCUCCGAAGUUGCGGUCCUACCCGAUCCCCGCCGGCAGUGCCUACCCCAGUGGGCACCCGCAGGUGCUUUCUCCAGGCCUGGACAGGGACCCCUCCUGCCAAGACUGUCAACCCACCCUGUAUAGGCCCCCCGGGAGCACCCAGGCCCCCGAGGGCAACGCCUGCUACCAGGCCUGGAGACCCGGCCCCGCCCCGGUUGCCUGGGCCCGGCCUCACCACCAUCUCCCUCGGGAGAGCGCCUCAUUCCUGCCCUUCACUUUCUGCUCUACCUUGAAGGGCCACAAUGUCCUGCUGAAUCUGCCAGGUACUGAGUGAAGAUCAGCGGCUACCACCCAUGGAGGGGUUACUGGCAGGUGGCCUGGCUGCCCCAGAUCGUCCUCGAGGCCCAGAGAGACUGCCUGGCCCAGCUCCGAGAGAGGACAUCGAGGGUGGGGCUGAGGCUGCUGAGGGGGAAGGUGAUAUUUUUCGAUCUACUCAUUACCUGCCUAUCACCAAGGAAGGACCACGAGACCUUCUGGAUGGCCGCAGUGGCAUUUCUGAUGGGCAGCCCCAUCCUGGCCUCAGCGAAGCCCUCCCCCGUGCCACCUCCGCCACCCAUCGGAUCAGCAGCUGCUACUGGGAUGGAGACAGCCUGGACUUUCAGCCGGGCUCCCCACCACCCUAUCUUCUGGGCCCCUUCCCUGCUUCCCUUGAUGUUCAGGGGUCUUGGGAGCACCCCAUGGUCCAGGAGGCCGGGGAGGGCAUCCGGUCUGAGCAGAGGUUCGAGGAUUCAGUUAUUGUGAGAACUAUGAAACCCCAUGCCAAGCUCAAGGGCUCUAGAAAGUUUUUGCACCACCAGGGUGAACUGAAGCUCUUAGAGAAAUACCCUCCAAGCCAUCACAAGUUUGACUGGCUCCAAGAUGCAGAUGAGCAGGGGCCACUGAAGGAUCCAGGGUUACACCUGGACCUCCCUGUCCAGCCACCAACUGUCACUUCCUUCAGGAAGGUAAUUGUGCCAGUGGAUGACACUCCCAAGACACUGGACAUGGAGGUUAUGGGUACCAGAGAGGACCUAGAGGACUUUGUGGGACUGGCCCAGCCUUCUGAGUGGGGACUCCACACGUCAGCCUCAGAAGUGGCCACACAGACCUGGACAGUGAAUUCUGAAGCAUCUGUGGAGCGACUGCAGCCCUUACUGUCCCCAGUCCAGACAGAGCCAUACUUGUGUGAACUGUUGCAGGAAGUCGCUGAUGGGGUGGACAGCCAUGAGGAGGAGGAGGAGGAAGAACCGGCUGUGUUUCCAUGCAUUGAGUGCAGCAUCUACUUCAAGCACAAGGAACACCUCCUAGAACACAUGAGCCAGCACCGCCGAGCACCAGGCCAGGAGCCCCCAGCUGAGCUGGCUCCGCUGGCCUGUAGUGAGUGUGGCUGGGCUUUCACAGAGCCUACUGCCCUGGAGCAGCACUGGCAGCUGCACCAGGCUUCCCGGGAGAAGAUUAUCGAAGAAAUCCAAAAGCUUAAGCGAUUUCCAGGUGAUGAGGGCCGUGAAGCACGGCUGCAGUGCCCCAAGUGUGUCUUUGGCACCAAUUCCUCUAGAGCCUUCGUGCAGCAUGCCAAGCUACAUAUCCGUGAGGUACUGCCCAGCAGGCAGGCCAAGGAACCUUUCAGGGGUGGCAACCCAGUCAUAGAUGCUAACACCUUUGUCUAUCCCUCCUAUGGAGACUCCCCAGGCCUCAAUACCUGCAUCUACUGUGGCUUCACGGCAUCUAGCAAGAGUCUGCUCAGGGAGCACAUAAGGCUAGUGCAUGCCCAUGCCCAGUGGGAGGAGCAUGGCGAGUCCUUUGAGGAGAACCUCACUAGCCAGCCAGGUACUAGCCAGGAUGCCUACGUCCACUUCCCUGACACUGCCACCAUGGACUAUUUUGGCAAAUCUGAGCCUCUCUUGGCCUCUAUGUGGCAGGAGAACCCUGCUGGAUAUGACCCAGGCCUAGCCUUUGGCCCAGACCAUCAGCAGCCAGGCAUGAGAGAUUUCCCACUGUUGAACUCAGGCCAGCGGCCUUUUGGAAAGCUGGCCUUUCCUUCCCCUAUGGCAUCUGCUUCCUACUCCAUUCAACUCAAUAGAAACAAAAGCACUGUCCAGCUGCAGAGAAUGGAAGACAAGAGUCGCCCUUGGAGUGAAGAGGAGGAAGAAGAUGAAGACGUAGUGCUGACUUCUGAAAUGGAUUUUACUUCUGAAAAUGGGGCCUUUCCACCCUCAUCCAUCUCUAGCCUCAUCCCUCAGCCAGCCCUAGAGUUGAAGCAGACUUUCCAAGAUGCUCUGCAGGCAGUUGAGGCCUCACAGGAUCAGCAGCAGCAGCUCCAAGGAAUGGUGCCCAUUGUUCUGGUGGCAAAGCUCAGGUCACAAGUCAUGGCUGCGGCCAGCCAGGCAUCCCCAAAGCUACCACCUGAGGAACUGGGGCUGGGGAACACCCACCCCCUGGACUUCCUGCUCCUAGAUACACCUUUGGGUGGAUCACUGGGUCUGGACACACUUCUAGAAGAGGAUACGGCCAUGGCUCUUAAGCAUGAGGAACGGAAAUGCCCCUACUGUCCUGAUCGUUUCCACAAUGGCAUCGGGCUGGCCAACCAUGUCCGAGGCCACCUGAACCGCGUGGGUGUCAGCUACAAUGUUCGGCAUUUUAUCUCUGCAGAGGAGGUGAAGGCAAUUGAACGCAGGUUUUCCUUCCAGAAGAAAAAGAAAAAAGUGGCUAACUUCGACCCGGGCACCUUUAGCCUGAUGCGAUGUGACUUCUGUGGGGCUGGUUUUGAUACUCGAGCUGGCCUUUCCAGUCAUGCCCGGGCCCAUCUACGUGACUUUGGCAUCACCAACUGGGAGCUUACCAUCUCGCCCAUCAACAUCCUGCAGGAGUUGCUAGCCACCUCAGCAGCUGAGUUGCCCCCCAGUCCCCUGGGCCGUGAGCCACCUGGAAGCUUUCUGACUUCACGACGGCCACGUUUACCUCUGACCAUGCCCUUUCCACCCACCUGGGCUGAGGACCCUGGGCCAAUCUACGGAGAUGGUAAGGGGAGGGGACAGGCCAGACUGGAGCCCUUCCCCUUCCCCAGGGCUUCAGAGGGAUGGAUGGGCCUUUGUUCUGAGGAAAACACAAUGGUGGCCAUGGACUUGGGGUCUCCCUUACUCCCAAAGAAGAGCCUGCCUGUCUCUGGGACCCUGGAGCAGGUGGCCAGUCGGCUGAGCAGCAAAGUGGCUGCAGAGGUUCCUCAUGGCAGCAAACAGGAGCUGCCAGACCUCAAGGCCCAGAGCCUGACCACCUGUGAGGUCUGCGGUGCCUGCUUUGAGACACGAAAGGGCCUGUCCAGCCAUGCACGUUCACAUCUGCGGCAGCUGGGGGUCGCAGAGUCAGAAAGCAGUGGUGCUCCCAUCGACCUUCUCUACGAGCUGGUGAAGCAGAAGGGCCUGUCUGAUGCUCCCCUGGGGCUGCCCCCUAGCCUGACCAAGAAGUCCAACUCACCAAAGGAGUUGGUUGCUGGGGCUGCCAGGCCUGGCCUGCUCACCCUGGCCAAACCUUUGGAUGCCCCUCCUGUCAACAAAGCCAUCAAGUCACCUCCUAGCUUCUCAGCCAAGGGCCUGGCCCACCCAUCCAGCUCUCCACUCCUCAAGAAGGCCCCACUCACUCUGGCAGGAUCUCCUACACCCAAGAAUCCUGAAGACAAGAGCCCCCAGCUAUCCCUGAGUCCCCGGCCGACCUCCCCAAAGACACAAUGGCCCCAGUCUGAGGAUGAGGGGCCUCUGAAUCUCACUUUAGAUAGUGACGGGGGCAGAGAGCUGGACUGCCAGCUGUGUGGUGCCUGGUUUGAGACCCGCAAGGGCCUGUCCAGCCACGCCCGUGCCCACCUGCGCCACCUGGGCGUCAGCGACCCGGAUGCCAAGGGAUCCCCCAUAGACGUGCUCCACGGGCUCAUCAGGAGGGACGGCUUCCAGAUCCGCCUCCCACCCGGGCGGGGAGCUCUGGCCCAGCUGGGGCGUCCUCCUUCUGCCUCCACGGCCCUCUCCUUGCUCCCUCCCCCACCGCCGGCCAAGAAGGCCAAGCUGAAGGCCUCGGGUAUGGCCAUCCCCUGGGGGAAGCAGGAUCUCUCGGCCGCCGACAUUUUCUGGGCCUCUGAUGUGGAGCCAUCUCCUCUCAACCUCUCUUCAGGUCCAGAGCCAACAAGAGACAUCCGUUGCGAGUUUUGUGGUGAGUUCUUUGAGAACCGAAAGGGCCUCUCCAGCCACGCGCGCUCCCACCUCCGCCAGAUGGGUGUGACUGAGUGGUCUGUGAACGGGUCACCCAUUGACACACUGCGGGAGAUCCUGAAGAGACGGACCCAAUCCAGGCCAGGUGGACACCUCCACCCACCAGGGCCUAGCCCCAAAGCCCUAGCCAAGGUGGUGGGUAGCGGAGGUCCUGGCAGCUCACUAGAAGCCCGCAGUCCCUCGGAUCGUCACAUUUCACCCCUGGCCAAGAAGUUGCCACCGCCACCGGGCAGUCCCCUGGGCCACUCAUCAACUGCUUCUCCUCCUCCCACGGCCCGGAAGAUGUUCUCAGGCCUUGCUACUCCUUCCUUGCCCAAGAAACUGAAACCUGAACAAAUGAGAGUAGAGAUCAAGCGGGAGAUGUUGCCAGGGGCCCUGCAUGGGGAGCCACACCCUUCUGAGGGUCCCUGGGGCACACCUCGAGAAGAUAUGGCACCUUUGAACCUGUCAUCCAGGGCAGAGCCAGUACGUGACAUACGUUGCGAGUUCUGUGGUGAGUUCUUCGAGAACCGCAAGGGCCUUUCCAGCCACGCUCGCUCCCACCUGCGCCAGAUGGGUGUGACUAAGUGGUCUGUCAAUGGCUCACCCAUUGACACACUUCGAGAGAUCCUGAAGAAGAAGUCCAAGCUGUGCCUCAUCAAGAAAGAGCCUCCAGCUGGAGACCUGGCUCCUGCUCUGGCUGAGGAUGGCUCCCCGACGGCAGCGCCUGGGGCUAUGCAUUCCCUACUGCCUCUGUCACCCCUGGCUAGCCGGCCUGGAAAACCAGGAGCUGGGCCGGCCCAGGUUCCCCGGGAGCUCAGCCUGUCGCCCAUCACAGGGGCUAAGCCUUCUACCACCAGCUUCCUGGGCCCAGUGGCAACCAAACGGCCCCUACAGGAGGACCGCUUCCUCCCAGCAGAGGUCAAGGCCAAGACCUACAUCCAGACUGAACUGCCCUUCAAGGCAAAGACUCUCCACGAGAAGACCUCCCACUCCUCCACCGAGGCCUGCUGUGAGCUCUGUGGCCUUUACUUUGAAAACCGCAAAGCCCUAGCCAGCCAUGCGAGGGCACACCUUCGGCAGUUCGGUGUGACAGAGUGGUGUGUCAACGGCUCUCCCAUCGAGACGCUGAGUGAGUGGAUCAAACACCGGCCCCAGAAAGUGGGUGCCUACCAAAGCUGCAUCCAGAGUGGCCGCCCCUUUACCAAGAAGUUCCGCAGUGCUGGCCAUGGCCGUGACAGUGACAAACGGCCACCCCUGGGGCUGGCACCUGGGGGCCUGUCCCUGGUUGGCCGAAGUGCUGGGGGGGAACCGGGGCCUGAGGCUGGCAGGGCAGCUGACAGUGGUGAACGGCCUCUGGCAACCAGACCACCCGGGACCGUGAAGUCAGAGGAGCACCAACGGCAAAAUAUCAACAAAUUUGAACGUAGACAAGCCCGCCCACCAGAUGCCUCUGCAGCUCGGGGUGGUGAGGAUGCCAAUGACCUGCAACAGAAGCUGGAAGAGGUGCGGCAACCCCCACCCCGGGUCCGGCCAGUCCCCUCCCUGGUGCCUCGCCCCCCCCAGACAUCACUGGUCAAGUUUGUGGGCAACAUCUAUACCCUCAAGUGCAGGUUCUGUGAAGUGGAAUUCCAGGGCCCACUCUCCAUCCAGGAAGAGUGGGUGCGGCAUUUACAGCGGCACAUCCUGGAGAUGAACUUCUCCAAAGCAGACCCUCUGCCCGAGGAGCCCCAGGCCCCACAGGCACAGACAGCAGCUGUAGAGGCGCCCUAACAUAACAUGCAUUCCAGAUCCCCUCUUGUGCCACCUGUCACCUCCUGUUUCUCCUCUGUGUCCUUUCCCAUUUCCCUCUUUCUUUUCUGUUUCCAAAGGAGCAAGCCAAAACCUCAAACCGGCGCCCUUUGGGGGCCGGGCACACUACAUCCUGGGCGCCGGAAGCCAGCUAGCCACCUUCCCUCAGCCUGAGGACUCUGGGGCCACAAGGGUACCCUCUUUGAGCCUACCUGGUUGGUCCAGCAGGGGCAGUAGCCAGGCCUUUGGUGGUGGCCAAUCUGGUUACAGGGGAGAACAGCACUUCCCUGUGUCUAGCAACCAGGCAGGGCUAUGUCUGCCAUCCGUGGCCAUUUGCAAAGACCCCAAAGACCCCUGUUCCCUUUUGCCCCCAUGAAUAUCUAUUCUCACUCAUGCACAGGCAACCAUAACACACCCGCGCACCUCGUGAGACCUGGGAUCUGCCCUAGCCCCCACAGUUCCCAAGUCAAACAACCACAUCAUGCCACGGUGCUUGCUCAGGGGAAUCCACGCUCCCUCUGCUAACCUACUAGGGCAUGGGAACCCCAACUGAGCCCACAAUGCCACGGAAAUUCUUGUUGGCUGCCCCCCCAAAAGGGGCCUUCCUAGUUUGGAAGAGUUCAGAGCUGACAGCUGCCUCCUGCCAUGACAGAGCCUCAGGGGCUCCAGGGCUGGGAGGGUAGAGUGAGGGGUGUCCUCUCCCACCCCUGCCACCCUCCCCCUUUUCACUGUUGCUUUCUAUGUAUAGCUCCCUAGAUCUUUCACUUUUUUAAAAAAAAAAAAAUGUGUUUUGUGUAGAGAAUAAGGAACAUGGAUCUUUUUAUUUUCCAAUCCUGGGCCAGCUAGAUACCGGGAGCUAAUUGACCUUUUAACCUUUUUCAGUGGCCAUCUUUUGGUUAUCAAUGUACAUAGAAAUAUGUAAAUUAGAUUAAAUUUCUCUUCUGGAAACACCCCAGGGCAGGCAGCCAGUGUGUGUUUUUCUGUCAAGUGGACAGGCUGGCAUUGGCUGAUAGUGGGGCUGGGGAUCAGGGUUAUGCCUGGCCAGAGUCCCUGGGUUUCCCUGCUGGACACUGAAUUGACCAGACACGACUGGGGAUAAAUCCAAGUUCUCUGCUGUUGGCCCAUGGUACUGUGGGUGGUGAGGGGCUCUGGUUACCUGGGAAAGUGGCUCCCCUGAGUGGGAGGAACCAGGGCUCUGGUUGGCUGGUCUGGGAAGGGAGCCAAGACAAAAGGGCUGGUUGGCUUUAACCAGCAGCAAUAACAUCUUCUGGCACUGGUGCUAUUACCAGGAAAGGAACUCCUUGUGGGUGUUGGGUAGAAGCACACAUCUGCUAGCGCUUUGGGUGGGAAUGAGAUUGCAGAGUUGGGACUCUUCUGUCUUUAAGAUAGGACUUUCAAUGCAGUGCUGGGACCCUAUCCCAGGUCUUGAACAUAUCACACAAGUGUUAUGCCACUUGUGUUACCUCCCUAGAUCCAAGGUAAACGUCAAGAAGAGACAUGAACCCAAAUAGCAAGGGGGAAAGGAGCUUUGUUUUUGUUUUAAUAAUUUAUUUGGUUUUUCAAGGCAUGGUUUGUGUAGCCCUGGCUGACCUGAAACUAGCUCUAUAGACUAGGCUGGCUUUGACUCAGAGAUCUGAAUACUGAGAUUAAAGACGUGUGCCACCACUACCUGGCCUUAUUUAAACUUCUAAAAUUUUUCUUUCUUUUCUUUCUUCCUUUGUGUGUGUGUGUGUGUGUGUGUGUUUGUUUUUUGAGACAGCCGUGGAUGUCCUGGAACUCACUUUGUAAUCCAGGCUGGCAUACAGAAAUCUGCCUGCCCCUGCCUCCUAAGGGACUAAAGGCCUGCGCUACCAGGCCUGGCUUCUUGAUCAUCUAAUAUUCAUUGAAUAGUUCUGAGGUGAUAA